GCGAGCCCGUUUGCCCGGACACAAUGAGAAAGGUUUAUCCCCCAAUUCGCCUCCUCUCUUACCAAUGAGAGAGAAAUUAUAAAACACACCUAGAGAGAGAAACAUAAACAAACCUAAACUCUCCAAAAACACCAAAACCAAAACCAUCACCGCGCUUCAAUUUCCCACACUUCACAAACCAUCCCCGCGCUCUGCACUUCAAUCCAAUUUCAUUCAUCACCAAUCUACGAGACAAAAGCGCGUUUGGGGGUUCAUAAAAGCACUGCAACUCUCGCCCUUUUCCUUUUCUUUUCUAUCGUACCCAUGCGUUGCGACGGUGGUGCCUGAAACGCUUGCGGUGUCGUUUUGUAUGAGACAUAGGAUUUCCUAUUUGAUGGACGAGAUCUGGGAGCGGGCUGUGGAGACGGCCUUGGACGGCGAGAAGGACCAUGCGUCCGCCCGGACGCUAACCCUAGACGGCGCCGUUAAGUGCGUGCAGGGACGGUUGCCUCCUCCUAGCCUGCUUGAAAGGUUCCAGAACCUUCAGCACCUUUCUAUCGCAAACGUUGGUGUUUCAACGUUGGAGCAGUUUCCACGGCUCCGGAAUCUGCAAAAGCUGAACCUCUCCGACAACCGGAUCGCUGGUGGGUUGGAGUUUCUUGUUCAGGCUGGCCUCGAUUCGCUGCGUGACCUUGAUUUGUCGAACAAUCGGAUUCAGUACAUUGAGGAUCUCGCGCCUCUGGCGCAGGUGAAGCUGGUUUCGCUGGAUCUGUACGAGUGUCCCGUGACGCGUGUGAAGGAUUAUCGAUCUAGGGUUUUUGGGUUGAUUAAGUCGCUCAAGUACUUGGAUAAGAUGGAUGCGGAGGAGAACGAGAGGCCUGAAAGUGAUGAUGAGGAAGAGGAUGAAGAUGAAGAGGAGGAGGAAGAUGACCCUGGGAGUGGCGAGAUUGACGGAGAAGAAGAUCGACCUCACGGGAUUAACAAUGGGCACAGCGAGGGAGUUGAUGGUGUUGUUGAUGCUGACGAGGAGGAAGAGAGCGAUGCGGAUGAGGAGGAGACGGAGACAUCGAGGCGGGUUACUAAUGGGGAUAAUCACCGGGAGAAUGGAUUCCGUGUUGUGCCGGUAGAAGGCGAUGACGUAGAGGAGGACGAUGAAGAGGAUGAUUCUGGUGAGGAAAUUGAUGAGGAGGAGGGCGACGAUGAUGAUGUGGUUGAGGUUCAUGAGAUUGAGGAUAGUGAUGAUGAGGAUGGAGUGGAAUAUGAUGAGGAUGAUGAUGAUGAUGAGGACGAUGAGGAGGAGGUGGAUAAUGAUGAGGGUGAUUUUGCAGAGCCGGAGAGUACUGGGAGGUUAACAAGUACCGAGGGCGAGAUUGAUGGGCAUGAGCAGGGGGAAGAGGAUGGAGAUGAGGAUGAUAAUGGGGAGACCGGGGAAGAUGAGAUGGGGGUUGAAGACGAUGGCGAUUUUGAAGAUGACGAUGAAUUCCAAUCAAAUGCAGGAAUUGGAAAGGAAUGGACUCCUGCAGAUACGGGAAACAGUGUAGCAGAAGAAGACUAUGGUGCUGGGUACCUUGUUCAACCAGUUGGACAGUCUGAUGCUCUGAAUUCUGGAGUUGUUGCUGAUGUAGAUGGUGGAAAUGAUGAAGGUGAAGAGGAGGAUGAAGUUGAUGAUGACGAUGAAGAUGUUCAGGUGUUACCUCCUGACUCAUCACACCUGAAGAGGAAGAGGAAUGAUGAAGAAGAGGAUGAUGAGGAGAGUGAUGAUGAAGAUGUGGUAGCAUUCACCAAAUCAUCGAAGAAGCAUCAUUGACCAACAUCAUUCUUAAUAUAUAAUGUUCUUGUUCUGUUGAUGGCUUCCAUGUGUGGGAAGCAGAGAAACCUCAGUUUUAGAUAGAACAAUGGUUAGCUUUUAGGAAUUUAGCUGUGAUGGACAGAGGACAUAUUAGGGAAAAAAGAAUUGUAUGUUGGGUGGAAAUAUGUUUAGUUCAAAAAGCCGUUAGUGUUUUUUCCCUCUUGCCUUUCACAUAUAGCCGUUACUUUAUUAAAUAUUCAAAUGGCAGUUAUAAGAGGUUUACCGCUCAUGUGCUCGAUGCUGGUAUUGGGUUGUAAAGGAACUGGCUUGUGCCUGGGGGAAAGGGUGGGAACUUUUUAAAAUUUUUUCAAAUCUCUAGUUUAUUGGAGUACUUUUUUGGUGAGAGAAAAGGGAAAAGCUUGUAAAAACCUGUAGAUAGUUCUUAUGAAAAUGAUUCCUAUCUAUCAAAUUUGGUGACUAUUGUGUAA